AUGCUUUGUCGCUUCUGCAUCACUGUCUGGGCUCUCUUUAUUGCCUAUGUGUUCUUCUUUGGUAUGUGCUUGACAUUAACAUACAUAAAUCUACAAUUGCUAAUCUAUUAUAGUGGGCGUUAUCACGUCUUGUUCUUUCGAUGACGAUGGACCAUCCUCAUCCAAUGCUACCAUCGUCAACUCAACCAUGGCUUUCUUCCCUCGGUCUGUCAACGACCCCACUAUGACUAUCAUCGCCACUGUUUCUGAAGUGGAAAGAACCUUCUGCAGUAAGUUCAGUCUAUUUUUUACCUUCUUUCAUAGAGAUUUAUACACAAUUGCCCUUUCUAUAGUACCAAAAUCUAACAUUCCUCUUGUAGCCAACUCCAUGAUCCCUUUUCAUUGCGUUACAACGUCUGUCUCAGUUACAUCCACGAUUACCUCCUACACUGCUUCCACCACCACAAUCUCGCCAAAACCAAGCACCAUCAAGUCCGCGGGCGCAUAUAGCGCAAACAAUUCUUACAGCGGUACUGCCUAUGUGGUGGUGGCUUCUUUGGGUGCUGCGAUUCUCGGGAUGCUGUUUGGGGGUAAGGUCUGCCUUUUUGUUUUUUUGAUUUUUUCGGAGGUUUAGAAGGGAUUUUUCGCUUGCUAAAAAUGAAUUUGUACUAUAGGCUUUGGUCUCUGGCUUGCUAGGAAGCAUUUCUGUACUGGGAUAACUAAAUACAUAGGAAAAUACUAUGUUUCGCAACCAUACAUUGAUUUCUACUAG